CAUCCCCGGGGCAUCGGAUCGCUCCCCGCGGGCUCCGGGCCCCGCCGCCCAUCGCCGUGGCUCGGGGCUGCCGCGCGGGCAGCAUGUGGGAGCCGGCGGAGUUCGAGCGGCACUGGCAGGCCGAGUUCCCCGGGGAGCCGGCGCCCCGCAUGCAGCUGGGCUCGGUGCGGGACAUGCAGCUGGAGCUGGAGCGGUGCCGGGGGAACCUGAGGCAGCUGCAGCAGGCGCUGGCCGAGGAGAAGUUCAAAGUCCUUUACCUGGAGACGGCUCUGGCCCGGGAGCCCCCGGCCCCCUCCCCGGACUGGCAGGCAGAGGAGCCGGCCCCCCUCCCGGACAUGCCCCCUGGGAAGCGGGCAGCCGCGGGGCGCGCGGUGCACAGCUUGGCCGCAGCCAUCCAGCACCAGCUGCAGCAGCACAAGCCAGCCCCGCGGGCCCGGAGACAGGGCAGGCAGCAGCCCCCCAGGACUGAGCACCCUGUGGGCAGGAGCACCGAGGAGGGCCCAGAUGGCCAGGCCACUGAGCAGGGCAGCAAUGCUCCAGCUGGGCACCCCCCUGGCCAGACCCAUGGCAGCGAGCCCCCCGUGCCCGGGGAGGCCCAUGGCAGCGAGCCCCCCGUGCCCGUGCCCAGGGAGGCCCAUGGCAGCGAGCCCCCCGUGCCCGUGCCCAGGGAGGCCCAUGGCAGCGAGCUCCCCGUGCCCGUCCCCAGGGAGGCCCAUGGCAGCGAGCUCCCCGUGCCUGUCCCCAGGGAGGCCCAUGGCAGUGAACCCCCCACUGGGCACCCCCAUGGCAGCGAGCCCCCCGUGCCCGUCCCCAGGGAGGCCCAUGGCAGCGAGCCCCCCGUGCCCGUCCCCAGGGAGGCCCAUGGCAGCGAGCCCCCCACUGGGCACCCCCACAGCAGCGAGUCCAUCAUCCCUGGGGAAGCCCAUGGCAGUGAGCCCAUCUUUAGGGAGGUCCGUGGCCGGCAGCCCCACGCCAAGAAUAUGCCUGGCCCCAGGGAGGGCAGUGCUGACCACGAGGAGGUGGAUGUGAGUGAGAAGUUCCUCCUGAACCCCGUCCUCUUAGGCUUCAGGAUCCUCCCCUGGGGGUCCGGGGAGGAGCUGGACAGGCCCCACCGCUGGCUGCCCACCAAAGGGGGCAGGCGGCCCAAGCCCAGCCGGGACCUGGACUCUCUGGAUGGGAUGAAUGGGCGCAGCUCCCCCGUGCAGCACGAAGAGCAGCACCCACUGCCCUGGAGACGCAGGCAACACUUGGGUGUGCCUGGCAGAGACUCCUCCAGCUGCAGCUCCCCGGAGAGAGGCAGUGACUGCAGCUACAACAGCUCUGACCACGAGGACGCCUCCUCAGCAGACUUCAACUACGGGGCAGAGGACUAUGACGCCGAGGGGAAUGAGGAGCCCAAGGUGCCGCCGGAGGGCUCGGAGACCAUGCCGUACAUCGACGAGUCACCUACCAUGUCGCCGCAGCUCAGCGCCCGCAGCCAGGACAGCGGGGAUGGCGUCUCACCCACACCCACCGACGGCCUGGGCACUGGGGUGGCAUCAGCGAGCAGGGACCUGUGGCUGGGUUCAAUGACGUGUCCCAAGUGUGGAUGUCUCCACUUCCCCAGUGUGGGAAGAAUGGUGUCGCUCCGGGCCUGGAUCGUCUCUUCCUCCUUCUCUGGGGCUGCCCUCAGCAGGACCCUGGCAUUGCCCUGCAUUACUGUCUGUAGAUGGGCAUGGUGCUCUUCCUUCCCCACACGGCUCAUGGACUAAAGCCAGCACUUGGCAAAGGGGCCCUGUGGGGAGGUCCUGGAGGGGACAGCCUGGGGGCUGUGGCUAGCGAGCCGGGGUGGGCAGCACUGCCACAGCCAGUGAAUGCGGGAAGCAGGCAGCUGAACACACGU